AUGUCAGCAAUUUUGGCGCCAUUGGCCAAAGCUAUUGACUAUGUUAAUGCAUUGAACAAAGACUUUUAUAUCCUUUCUGUUGAAGAACAAAAGGAAUUAGGACUUUGGGGCAGAGUGACUGCUUAUAAUUGGACCUUUGAAUUGGCUUGCAUUGGUCUCAUGGCUAUCUUAUUUUUCAUUUCUUAUUAUGGUAAGACUCUGAACAAUAAAUAUGCCGAUAAGAUAUUUGGUACUUUGAACACAUUCUUGUUAACAAAGUUAUCUUUUACAAAGGUUGGUUUUAGUGCCGAUGGCAAGAAGAUGCCAUAUAUUGAGGAGCAAAAUAACACCUGGUUCACAUCUUUUGCCACUGGUCGUUCUACUAUUGAAAGCGUAAUUGUUAAGGCACACUUGACGGCUCGUCACAACCCAUUGGCAUUGUUAACUCAAAAGGCAUUAGCUUUGUUUUUACCAACAUUAGUUGCCAACGACAUUGAAGAAUUCAUCUCAGUUACCAUUACUCCAAAUGGCCAAUUCGUCUCUACUGAAGAUGCUAAGCUAACUGCCAACUCAGCGGAAACUUUGUCCAAAUUGAAAUUCAUCACAUCUAUCGUUAACAAAGCAGUGAUGACUAAAGCUCGUGACUCAAACUACUUUUUAUCAUUGACCCAUACCGCUGAAAAUGAAUCUUUACCAGCAGACUAUGUUUUCAUGUCCGAAUCAAAUAAGUUGAACGGAUUUAUUCCUCACUAUGCCGGUGAAGAUUUCAAGGUGUUGCUAUCUAAAUCUGCCAAGUUCUUGAAGUUUAUUUCUUUCACUGAUUUACCAGAAGAGAAACCGAUUACUGACAAAUUAUGGGAGUCUUCUCAAUUGCCACGUUGUGUCAUCUACUUAUCCUUGGUAACUUCUGACAAAGAUAUCGAAUUGUUGGAGGAAUUGAUAACCAAAGUUGUCGAAAUUUAUGACAAUGUUACUAAGGAUAUUCAAACUAACUCAUCCAAUUCUUUCAUCACCACUGAUAUUUUGAAGAAGGGUAUUCAAUUGCGUAAAGAAGAGUUAGGCAAGAUUGUUAAAGUCAUGCAACAGGUUGAAAGAGAAAUGGCUCUUGAAAAAAAACAAGAAGCUGAGAGACAAAAGAGAAAGGAUAUGAGAGACAAGUUGACCGACCAAGAACUUGAUAAAAUGGAGUUGAAGAAAAGAGAAAAGAGAGAAAGACGUCUGAGAAACAAACAGAAAAUGAGAAUUUAG